GCUCCUCUUUCACAAAAUGUCUCCGCACGCAAGAACGCCUCAGCGCUGUCCGAGGACCCUCACGACACAAGUUUAUGGCCGUUGCGAAUUAACAGCCGCUGGUCGCGUUUCCACACCUACAUCCAACUUCCAUCCCAGCUGAACGCGUUCACAUAUCCAGAGGCGCGUACAUCUACUAGGUGUGUAGCUUUUCCCAAUAUUUAAGACCCUGCUCCCACGUUAUAUGAUGAAUUUGUCAUUUUUUAGAUGUUAGACUUGCGACAUUCGAAUGAGCGCACAAAGACUUUCUGAUCGUAGCCACCACCCCCACUACUGUAUCCGCUUUUCCGCAGCGAAACCGCAACUGACGCGAUUGAUCAGAUUCGUGUAUUCUCAACACCUAAUAUUUCACAACCUUCACCAUGUGUGGAAUUAUUGCCGUCAUCCACGGCGAUCCGAAGUCGUCGUCGGCAUCCGUCGAGAUCCACGAUGCGCUGUAUCUGCUGCAGCACCGUGGCCAGGAUGCUGCUGGUAUCGUGAGCUGCAGCUCUGGUGGACGCUUUCACCAGUGCAAGGGCAACGGCAUGGCCUCCAAGGUCUUCGCUGACGGAGCACGUGUCGCCGACUUGCCCGGAUACAUGGGCCUUGGCCACCUUCGCUACCCCACCGCCGGCAGCAGUGCCAACUCGGAAGCCCAGCCGUUCUACGUUAACAGCCCGUACGGUAUCUGCAUGACCCACAACGGCAACCUCAUCAACGCUCCUGCCCUCCGCGAGCGCCUUGACCAGGUCGCACACCGACACAUCAACACCGAGAGCGACAGCGAGCUCAUGCUGAACAUCUUCGCCGAUGAGCUUAACGAGACUGGCAAAGCCCGUAUCAACGCCAGCGACUGCUUUGCAGCCUUGGAGCGCAUGUACGCGCUGUGUGUUGGCGGUUGGGCGUGCACAGCUAUGCUUGCUGGUUUUGGUUUGAUUGGCUUCCGCGACCCCUACGGCAUCCGUCCUAUGGUGCUUGGCUCGCGACCCUCCGAGACUGGUCAUGGAUUUGACUACAUGAUGGCCUCCGAGAGCGUAGCCCUUGUUCAGUGCGGAUACAAGACAUUCCAGGACAUCCUGCCUGGUCAGGCUGUGAUUCUCGAGAAGGGUAAGGAGCCCGUUUUCAAGCAGGUUGCCAAGCAAGAGACCUACACACCCGACAUCUUCGAGUACGUCUACUUCGCUCGUCCCGAUUCGGUCAUUGACGGCAUCGACGUUGAUGAGAGUCGGCGCAACAUGGGAUACACACUCGCCGAGACCAUCAAGAAGCAGCUGGGCCAGAAGAUUCUUGAUGAGAUCGACGUGGUCAUGCCUAUCCCAGAAACCAGCAUCACAUCUACUGUGUGCGUUGCUGAGGCACUAGGAAAGCCCUACGUAGCCGGCUUCGUCAAGAACAGGUACAUCUUCCGCACGUUCAUCAUGCCGAACCAGAAGAUGCGGCAGAAGGGUGUUCGCGCGAAGCUCAACCCCAUGGUGCAGAAGUUCAAGGGCAAGAACGUGCUGUUAGUGGACGACUCUAUCGUUCGCGGUACGACUUCGCGCGAGAUUGUCCUUAUGGCGCGUGAAGCUGGCGCAACCAAGGUUUACUUCGCCUCCUGCGCACCCCCCAUUACCAACGCUCACAUCUACGGAAUCGAUCUUGCGUCAUCGUCCGAGCUUAUUGCACAUCAGCGAGACGCCGCCGCUAUCGCAGAGCACAUUGGCGCAGACGGUGUCAUCUACCAGACGCUCGAGGACCUUACAAGAGCAUGUGCCUCGUUGUCACCGCGUGACCCCAAGACACAGAAUUUCGAGGUUGGUGUUUUCUGCGGCAAGUACGUCACGCCCGUCGACGCUGGCUACUUUGAGCAUAUCGACCGCAUUCGUGGCGAGAGACGCCAAGCCAAGGUAUUGGACAGCGCCAGGGCCGCCGUGUUGCACGGCACAGCGAACCCACAGCAAGUUCGUAUGGCUGCUAAGGGUGUCGAGGUUGACCAUCACGGCAACGUCAUUCCAUCAGGUGAGAGUGAGAACAGCCCUGAGUGGCAACCGGUGAGCGACAGCGGGAUUCAGAAGGUUCCUGCCGAUGACAUCGCUGGCCUCAACAAUGCCGGUCCGGAGCCUGCACCAGCAACGAACGGUAGCAGCCAGGACAUCAGCUUGCACAACCACAACGACUACUAGGUGGCCUCGAUAUGAACAGUUGUCUCAGCACAUUCAACUUUCUUUUUUUAGACGCAAUAUGAAUCACGAAAAUUAGGGAAAGGAUCGGUGGCGUCGGAGGGGUUCUGAUACAAGCUUUAGACUUGCUCUCGGAGGCAUACAGUCCAGUGGGCUAUAGACGGUCUCUUCCUCGGUGUGGCUCGAUAUGGAGUUGGUAUGAGUGUAUGAACGCCCAGUUCCACAGCUUUUAGUACAAUUACUCUGUUUAUCAUUG